UGACAAAUAUUUUUCUGCUUAUGGCAAACAACUAAAUCAAUUAAUGUUGAAAAGUGAUUUUUAAUGAUUUAUGUAUAUAUUCGAAAUUGGUAGCGAAAAAGAUGUAAAUCAGUGUGUAAAUAUUUUCAAAUGUGAAAUGCAUAUAAUUUAAAUAAUGAAAGAAAUUUACAGUGGUGUGAUGUCAGCAACAACCAGUCAACAUGUAAAAUAAAUGUGAAUUAAAACACGAAAGUGAAAAUGAAAUGAAGGUAUACAAAAUUAUUUUCUACUCUUCAAACUAAUCUUUCUAAUAAAAGUCCACGAAACUAACAAAACAACGAAACUCUUGUCUCAUACUGCUGCAACACGUCGAUCCUUCAUACAAAAAAGAGUGCUAGAGUAGAGAAAAGUGUAAUUUUUCUCGUAGGUUUUGUGAAGAAAGUGAUAAGCAAUUGUGUUAUCUGAAAAGCGCAGUUUCCUACACACAUAAUUUCUUGAAUCAUUCCCAUUAACACGGUCGAAGCGACGUGAGCUUUAAAUGUUUCUAUCAACGCUGAAAAAUAACACCUUUGCAGCAAAAAAUAAAGUGUCUUCGGUGUCAGCUGCCAGUCGUGUCUGCCACAAUCCCCCCAUUUUCCCUGUCAUCUGUGCAGCGUCGUUCACAGCGCCAUCGCCAUCACCAUCGCCAUAUCCAUUGCUAGUGCCUGUGUUUUCAUUGUCUUCGUGGUCGUGGACGUCGCUGUUGUCGUCGCCUUUCAUUGUCAUUGUCAAUGAGCUACGCCAGCUACUCGUAGACGAACAGCUGAUAGCAGCCACAAUCGCCAUAAGCGACGACACAACGCGCCGCAGAGUCGCAACACUCUCAGACCUCCCAAACUGCAUAAGACGCUCCGCUCACCGUUUACCAACACUCCUAUCCUUAAACGUUAGCAACAUUAGUGCUCUCACACUGUUGUGUUUGUUGUUUGUUGCAAAAACACUGUGUUUUUAUCAAAUCGCCUUAACCAAUUUGUCUCCGGCUCUGAAACAUUCGCGAAGAGUGCGAGUGUGAGAGCGCGCUUAGCCGUUGAGCGGUGGCCAUUUAUUGCGAGAGUUCAAGCUAAUGCCUCGAGUUCGUCGGUAGAGAAGCAACUCGGGAAGCAGUAGCACUCAAUGCGGGUGGCAUUGGUCACUAGGUCACUUAAAUACCAACAGGCAACAUAGCGUAUUUGAGUGACGCCUGUGAGCCAUUUUGCAGUUUCCCAUACUUUCUUUGCAAUGCCACAAAUGAAAAUGGUGAUAAUGAAUAAAACUACGUGCUAGUGUAACUAUUUCAACAACCAAAACUACGUCUACUGCAAUUAUAAUGGACCUUAAUAGUGCCGUUAUCAAACCAGCAACAAAAGCUGAACUCGUACGCUGACUUGUUGUUGUUGGCGGCAGCUGAUUUAUACUACACACACUGUUCGCUCUCAUCGCUCUCAUUUACGCUCUCGGUUUUCCAACUAUCGCGCAUGUACAAACAGCAGCAACAAUAUCAACAAAACCAUCAGCGACAACGCCGUCAAAAUAACAACUCUAACAAUUGAUUUGCAGCAACAGAAAAAGAGCAGGAUACAACAAUAAGUUGCUCGGCAGCAAAUAUAUCUUAUCGCACGACAUAAACAACAAUAGCAUCAACUGUGGAACAAUACAACAGUUAUAAGACGACGCUCGCAGCCAAAGCAACAGUGGAAGCAACAAAUUCUGCCGCGAUUUCGUUUCCAUCCACAUCGACAGCAAUCAGCAAGAACACUGGCAACAUAUAUCUCAACGACAGUAACGAUUGCGAACCGACCAGCGCAGCCGCUGCCCCAGCUGUCACAGCUGCGGCCGCUGCUGCUGCUGUUGCUGCCGCCACAACGACUGCAACUACAAUCGCAAGUGAAACAACGACUGCUGGUACAACUGAAACUGCAACUGCUACUGCUUCUAAUAUUGCUGCAUCAGUUCCUGCUGCUGUUGGUGGCGUCAACACCGUCACUGUCACAGCCACCACUACUGCCGUCUCAGCUACUGCGACCACCUCCCAUUCCGCCCGCGCCAGCUACGCCAGCCGCGCCACCCACACAAACGCCAAAGCCAAAGCUACGAGCGACGCCGACAUCAAAUAUAUUACCGACAUCGACGACACGGACGACGCAGAAGCCGUAAGUUCGCUCAUUGCCAUUCGUUGCUCGUGCAACGAGGUGAGCCACAGCGCGCACGCGAACACAAUAUACAUCGCGGAAGCGGAUACGGUCGCCGAGGCGAGAGGGCGGUCGACUGCGACAGCGACAGCGGCAGCGGUUGGUUACGGUUACGGCAGUAAUCGUCGCCCUGUGUGCACGGACAAUAAUAUGAGGAGUGGCAGUUCAGAAUUAUUACUCGAGCAGCAACAACAAGAGUUACGGUUACGUAAAAAACGAGAUCUGGCUCCAAAAAAGAAAAAUGGCAACCGGCGUUUUCGUUCGUGGCGCGAACGUGCACGCUUCUAUGGCACGUCUACGCUUGCCUUCUUCUCGGUGACGGCCGGUGCCUCGCUUCUAUUCCUGGUGCCGCUCUAUGUCGAUCCGGCGAUAUCGACACUAAGUCACGAUUUCAUCGAUAGUCCGACACUAUGCACAACCACACGUCGCGAAGACCUAAUCGGUAUAUUUAAUUGUUCGUGGAGUUCGUGUCGCGAGGGUUGCACUUCUGAUCUAUAUCGUUGUGUACAUAUUUAUGUGACGUUUAUCGAACAAAAUAUUACGAUACCCGAGAACAUGACCGAUUACACUAACUUCACCGCGGAGUGGGAACAGUCGGAGGAGGCCACACUGCUAGUGAAUAUAAAGGGGUGUGGCUAUCCGCCGACGGUUACAUGUAAAACGUUCAAUGCCUACUAUGGUGUCGAAGGUGCGAUAUUCCCCUGCUAUUAUUCGCGUAAAAAUAAAACGGUCGUGCUGACGUCGUACAAUCACGACAAUCAGGUAGCGACGAUCAUACACUUCUUUACGGUGCCAUUUGUGAUAACAGUGAUCUCGGCAAUCGCGCUCUGUGUUAUGCAUUGUGAUUGCAGGUGUAAAAAGGAUCACAGCCAUCGAAGGAAUCGGGGGCAAGGCCGCCGACCGCGUAUCGAAAACCUUAGUGAUACAUCGAUUUCAACGCGCGUGGACAUGCUGACGCCGGCCAUCGAGGUGUACAAACCACCGCUCUGACAUAAGGAUGACACGGUGGAGAGCAACUUGGGUUAUCCAUCGACGAGUAGCGAUUUCUAGCAUAGGCUUAUCACGACAGCGGAGAUCACCGCUACGUCAGCUACGGAUAAUCUAUUUGCGCUUCCAUCAUAGUGUCAAUCAAAGUCAACCAGUAACAAAAAAUACUAACAACAACAAUAAGCAUAUAAUCUACUAGCAGAAAACCCCGAGAAUUCCAACAACAUUUAUACACAAACAUACAUGCAUACGAACAAUAACGGCAACAAAAACUGAAUCAAAAAACAAAAUUAGAAAAAAUACAUGAGCGUGUAGGCAAUUUGGCUGUGUGCUUGUGAGCCGAGAGCGCAGCGAACUCAUAGAAAAUAUGCGAUUGCCGCAGUGGAUUUGGCGAAGCGGGCGGUCUGGCGGUCUGGCGGCUGGCUAAAGCGCCAGUGAGUGCAGCUCAACAAGCGGCAGCCAUUGACAUGCUUACACGCACACAUAAACACAUACGUGCAUAGCAACAUAUAAUGAUUGAUCCAACUGAAUAAUUCCUAAGAUUGAUUACAGUUAGUUACUUAAGUAGUGUUAAAGAGAAAAGAUUUUUAUGCGGAAAUUAGAGAAGCAAAAACAAAACCAAAGCAAAACAAUUACGCAUGUAUGUAUGUAUGUUAAGAGUUAAUAUAUAAGUAGGUAUACACACACAUACACAUGCAUGUGAUAGGUAGCGUACAUGCAACAGGAGUGUGCUGAAAAUUAGCAGCGCUGAAAUUCAAAUACCUACAGACCUAAGAUGUUAUAAACAAAUUGUUAUUUUCAUACGGCAACUAUGGAAAUUAAGUUAAUUUAAAUAUGAAAACAAAAACAAAACCAAAAACAAUGUUUGAUAAAUACGAAUAGAGUUAUAUAAUUUAAUGUAGAUAUACAUACAUAUACAUACAUACAUAUGUAUGUAUGCAUAUACUCAUUGAAUAUAUGUAUAGGCAUGCAUAUGAAAUACAUUUUAUGUGACAAAAAUUGCAUAAUUAGGAGGAAUUAAGGUGAAGUUGAACUAGACCUAGAACAAAUUAAUUAUAACUAAACUUAGCUUAGUUACAAACAAUUGAGAAUUAAUUUUUGCAAGGACUAAUUUUUGUACUGCUGAAUAAAAGUACUUAGUGAAUAAAUUGAAUUAAGACGAAAUUAACUACUUAAGCAUAACGGUAUGCAGCUAAUUAACCACUCAACUAUGCAAGGUGCUGCACACACACACACAUACACACUGUUACAACGGAAGGCAUAGCAAUGGUGUAGCUGUGAAAAUGAAAACCAAAAUAAAAAAACAUGCAUAUAACGGUAAACGCAAUUUUAUAAUAGUUACAAUAAUAACAAAAACUAGGAGCGAACCAAAUUAGUUAAGGCAUGUGAAAUUAGCGUAAAACUUAACGAAUGCAAGCAAAAUGAAGAAAACAAAACAGCAUUAUGGUAAUAACAAAAACAAAAACCAAAACUAAGAGUAAGCGUUUAGCAAACAUUUAUAAGUAUGCAUAUAUAUACUUACAUGUAAACACACGCACACAAACUGCUGUAUAAGGCACCGUCGAAUUACAUAUUAGGUAUGUAUGUAUAUAACAGCAUAUAUGUAUGUAUGUAAUUACAGAUCCAAAUGGCAAAAAUUAUAACCGAAAACCCGAAAGCGUUAAAAGGCAGCUUUCCAACAACCCACCCCCCGAAAUGUUACUUACGUGCAUAGAGAAUCAUACAUAUGUAGUUUUAAUAAUAAUAAUAACAAUAAUAUGGAUAACAAUAAAUAAAUAUGUAUAUGACAAUGCAUCAAAUACCAGUGUAAAGCUUACCAACUAAACUAACAAGGGCAUUGCAUACUUUGAGGCGUUAGAUUGCACAUUGUUGCUUGCACACGACCUAGCCAAGCAUGCGAAAUGCAACGCUGCAGACUACAGUUAGACAACGCGAGCGCUUCAUCAUUGCCAGACCAUAGAAAUGCCGCUUCAAAUGAAUUUAUUCAAAUUAUUGCAUAAUACACACACAAACAAAAACAAUGCACAGCCGAAUUUGCAAAAAACGUUUAAAAAUUAUAACAUUACAACAGCGUGCAGCAUUUAUCGCACAUUCAUGCAACACACACAUACACCCCACAUGCACAUACACACACACUCAUACAUAUAUUCAUACAUAUGCAGCAAACGCCUCGUCAUGUCCAUCGUCAUCGUCAGCGUCAGCGUCAGCAUUUUUCAUUAUCAUAUCAUUAUCAUGAAGAAAUGUUCUAUUUUAUACCCUGAACAGGCUAUACUAAGUUUUUAACACACCCCGAAGGAAAUGUUGGAGUUCACUUAAUGAGCUGAGUCGAUUUAACCAUGUCCGUCUGACCGGCCACCUUUCUGUAUAUGCGAACAGUCCUUCAAUUUUGAUAUCAUUCUGCAAUUUUGUACACGUCAUUUUUUUCAAGAAGCUGCUCAUUUCUUGGAACCUCCGUAUCGGACCACUAUAGCAUCUAUGUAGCUGUCAUACAAAACUGAACGAUCGGAAUCAAGUGCUUAUAUUGAAAAAUGCUUUAUGUCACAAGAUAUCUUCAGGAAGUUUGGCAUGAAUUAUUGUUCAAAGCAACGGAACCAUAUUCGAAAAAAUCGAUCAGAUCGGACUUUUAUAGCAACAUACAACAUGUACAUAUAUGUAGAUGCCACGCAAACCGACCGAUCAAAUUCAUGCACUUGCAGAGAAUAUUUUGUAUUUGUUUAGGGCAUUACAGCUUCGGUACAACCGAUGUUAACUUUUUUUCGUUUUUGACUGUGAUCAUUUACGGACAUAACAAAGCAUAAUAUGUAUUUGAAGUUUUGUUCCAGCGAAUAAAUGCAGCGUCGGAGCAAUUUGUUUGAUUUUUUAUGUAAAUGUAUGUACAUAUAUUGGAAUAAACGUUAGAGCAUUGCACCAGAAGCGUGUAAAAAUAUCCACAUUUUGGAAAAAUUAUUUUAAUAUUUAUCGAAAAUACCGCAACUACACACACACACACACAUACAUGUAAGCAUGCACACACAUAUGCUUGUAUAAUUUACUGCCCAGCAACAGUACUAGUUGUUUUUGUUGUUAUUAUUUAUUGUAAAUGCAAGAUAAUUUGUGUCAUUGAAAUGCUCUGCAGCAAAUAAUAAUAAUUGUGCUAAUUUAGGAAUGCACACACUCACACAUACAUGUAUACAUGCUGGAAGAGUGCAGGUGUGUGGGUAAUAUAUAAAAGAAGGCGAUCAAUUGAGCAAUAGUAAAGCAACGGAGAUAAGCAAACAGAAAACAAAAACUAAUAAUGCAAGCAAAAAAUGGUGGUGCUAAUUAUGAAAUAAUAGCAACAAACAAUAAAACACGAUUAGCUAUUGUCUUGAUAACGAGAGUAAAUAUUUUAAAUGAUUAGCAAAUAAUCGUAAACGGCAAUAAAUACUAAAAACUGUGAGAACGCUUGAAUGCAACUAAAUACACGCUCGCAUAGAGUCGGUGCAAAUGCUGUAUGCUAAUCUAGAUGCAAGAGCUGCGCAAAGUACCGUUGUGUGCAUAUAUAUAUUUAGAUAUAUACAUAUGUAGAUAAAUGUUAAAGUCUCUUUGUUGUUGUUGAUUUUGUGUACAAUUUGAUAAUCGAAUGUUGUUGUUUUAAUAUGUAAUAUUAUGCUUACGCAUACAUACACACAUAUGAACAUUAGAAAUGUGCAUAAAAGCAUUGGAAAUGCGCGCGAAAAACACAAGUUAACUGUUUUCUGUAUGGCACACCAAAAAUGCAAGCAGACAAACGUACGUCCAUACUUAGAUAGUCUCUAGGUAUUAUUUUUUUUACUCGGCUUACACAAACAUAUUAUGUAACUCAAAUUUGUUGAAAAGCCUUUGGAGAGUAUUGAACGUAACCGUGUUAUACUUUUUAGUCUCUUAAUCUUUUAUUUUAAGUUCAUCUUCGAUUCGCCAAGCGUUGGAGAGUAGUGAAUCAAAAAACUGUACUAGAUGUUCAAACAAGCGGGUAGCACAGGCAGUGCAACCCUGCGCUAACAUGUCCUCUGACGUAUGCGUAAUUCUGUUACGAUCCCAUCUUUUGUGGAGACAUUUUUAUUUUUGUAUCCAAACACGUUUUCAUAACCCUUUAGUCUGGUUUCUAUAAAAGAUUAAAAUGUAUAUUAUUUUAAAACUUGGUAGCAUUUCAGAUAGCGGUAUUACCACUUUAAUGGCUUGUUCACUCGCACAAACUUAACUCGGCAACUUUAUUGUUGUUUUUAUAUGUAAUUUUUUUACCAGAGUGCAGAGCGCAAAGAAAUGUCGCAUCGAAGACAACUAUUAUAUCUUCGAGUCCAUAGUUGUUCAGGGUUAGAUAAAAAUCAAUUGUGCCUAGGCGAUGAGAACGACGGUAGAGAUCACAUAUAGUUGUUAAACACUUCUCUUAUCACAAGUUUUCACUGGACCUUCUGACACUAAACUUCAAUGGGCCUUUAAACCGAAUAUGGCGGUACGGGACCAGAAACAAGAAAGCCUCAGAUUGCCACAAAUUUUGUAACACCCAGAUGAAAACGUCGGAGGCCCUACACAAUAUAUGUCUAUAUAUAUAGUACAAGUAUAAAAAUUUUCAGAGAGACGAGUUAAGUCGACUUAGCCAUUUCCGCUUUUCUGUUUGUUGUUCCACAGUAUUUGAGUCUAAAAUUUGUCACACAUUUGUCGAAAAUCGCCGAUAUCGGACCACUUGGCAUAUAGCUGUCAUACAAACUGAACAAUCAACAUCAAGUUCUCGUAAAGACGUUUUUUCAUAUUUGAGGAAUAUUAAAGCUACUCACCACUAUGACUCACCACAAUUAAGAUUUUUGUUUGUUUUGAAGUAAUUUAAUUAAAGGAGACCUCGCUUUCAACGAUAAAUAUUGCCUAGUCACUGUCUUCUUAAUUUAGAGUUCGAUAUUUUAGCGAUGAACGAAUUCUGUAUGGUGAAAAAUAAAUCUGUGUCAGCGCUUGAGAACAAAUCGUUUUAAAUAAUGAAAUUGUGAAUGAAUAGCAACGUGAUUGACAAUACAAAUUAUUAAUUUAAUAUUAAAUUAUUAAAAAUAUUCACUUGUGUUAACAAAAGCUGCGCACAUAAAUACAAACACAUGCAUUUACAUUAUUCUCAAAUUGAUUUUUUUAUUUUUUUGCAACCGUUAUAUAAAGUUUCACUUUUGGCCAUAAAAACAAAGGACCCAAAUUAUCCCAUAUAUUUUACAAGGAAUUGUUUGAUCUUUUGAAACAAGUUUUUAACAAAGUGCUAUUCUAACUUAGAAUUGUCUGCUCUAAAAAGCAGAUCUUUAUCACUUUUUUAAUAAAAAUGUGCCUUUAAAAGUUAUACGCAGUAAAGUUAUGCAUCAAAUUUACUGCAUACAAGAAGUACACCAUGUCGUAUGAGUAACACCGAAGCUAAUUUACUCUUCACAGGUGCAUUUCUUUUAGUAACCAUGUGUCCAGUUUGUAUGGAAGCUAAAUUCCAUAGUAAUCCGAUCUGAACAAUUUUUUCGGAGAUUAUGUUAUUACCUUAAGUAGUAAUCCAUGUCAAAUUUCGUGAAGAUACCACGUCAAAUGUGAAAGUUUUCCAUACAAAAACUUGAUUCCGAUCGUUCAGUUUGUAGGGCAGCUAUAUGUUAUAGUAGUCCGAUAUCGGCAGUUCCGACAAAUGAGCAGCUUCUUGAAGAGAAAACGACGUUUACAAAUUUUCAAAAAGAUAUCUUAAAAACUGAGGGACUAGUUCGUAUAUAUACAGACAGACAGACGGACAGACGGAUAUGGCUAAACCGACUCAGUUCAACAUACUGAUCAUUUAUAUAUGUAUAUACUUUUAGGGUCUCCGAUGCUUCCUUCUGGGUGUUACAAACUUCGUGACAAACUUAAUAUACCCUGUUCAGGGUAUAAAAACAUGUUAUGCAUAUACAAGGGAAAAGAAUAUGGAUUGAAAAUAAAGCGCGUGUUUACGUUGGAUCCUUAAUAUACUUUUGCGACAAGAAAAUAAUCAAUCUGGAAAUAACACACCCUAAUAUAUAUACAUACUUAUAUACAGUUAGGAAGACUAAAAAUAAUGCAAUGAAAUGAAAUGUUCACAAAAUUAUUUCAAUGCAUAUUUAUUCAGUUGAUUUCAUAAAUUAUUGAAAUUAUUGCACAAUAAUUUUAAAUUCGUGCUUACAAAAGUAAAUGUUACAGUUUUAAUUGUCCGUACCUCUGUGUUCCCUUGGUCUCACAUUUCGCUAGGUUUUUGUUUUCACUUUUUUCUAUUUUUAACGAAAAGCAAACAAUUUUUGUUUUCAAAUGUUUUGUUUCACUGUCAAUACAUACACACAAAUACACAUACACACACAA